AUGUAUAAUGCUCAAGACGAUCGGAUAUGGGCUGCAAAUCGAAUUGAGGCAAACAAAAUUGGUGAAUUAAAGCAAAAACAGCAAGCUUCUCAGAAGAUUAUGGUAUGGUUGGGUGUUUGUUCCAAAGGAAUUUCGCCUUUAGUCAUCUUCGAGGAAGGUCCUGUUGAUCAUGCACGAUAUAUCGACGAGGUUCUUCCUGUGACAUUGAAAUACGGGAAUAAGACCUUCGGAGGUGAUUGGACUUUUCAACAGGACGGUGCAAAGCCACAUAUCCAUUAUUUAACACAAGAAUGGUGUCGAAACAAUUUUCCACCUUUUAUUGACAAAGACCAUUGGCCACCUAAAAGUCCCGAUCUCCAUCCAUUAGAUUAUUGUAUUUGGGAUGAAUUUACGAAGGUCAUCGAUUUGAAUAGAGUGACAUCUAAAGUGACCUUGGUUCAAGAGGUUAAACUUGGAGUGAAAAAAAUUAGACAAGAAGUUAUUUUUGAAAGUUGUACAUGUUGGACUAAUCGUUUGUAUCAUAUGUCACAAAAUGAUGGAAGUUAUUUAAGAUAA